AUGAAAGAUAUCGAAAGGUGUUUUGGUAUCCUCCAAGCUUGGUGGGCUAUUAUUAGGGGUGUUGAGCUUAUGUUUGAUGAGGAGGUGCUGAGGAGUAUUAUGAUGACUUGCAUCAUGCUCCAUAACAUGAUUGUGGAGGAUGAGUAUGAUUAUGAUGCUCCAGACAUGUUUGAACCGGAUCCCAUGAACACGGCUUUGACAAGAAUUUAUGAAAGGCCCAUGGGCCCAAAUGGACAACCACUGGAACAUGAACCGUUGGUCAAGGACGGUUGUUUCAUGAACUGUAUGAUUGAUCGAUAUACGGAGAUGCAAUCGUCUUAUAUUCCUGAACGACGUCAAGUUGACUUGAUGGAGCAUUUAUGGGCAAUGAGAGGCAAUAACGGUGAAUGA